GAGUUCUGAUUGAAAAUGUCUUUUGUAAAGUGUUGUUUUGAAGGUGGUGAAGGACAAGAUUUUUUGGAUUCGUUUGUACAAAAAUGUACAGAUCCUGGAUGUUGUUGCGGCUGCUGCUCGGCGCUGCGGCCGCGCUACAAGCGCCUCGUCGACAACAUCUUCCCGGCGUCGCCCCAGGAUGGACUCGUUAAAUCUAAUAUGGAAAAGCUCACUUUCUACUCCUUAUCCAGUCCGGAAAAACUGGACAGGAUCGGAGAGUAUCUCUUCCAGAAAGCUUCCAGGGAUAUUUAUAGAAGGAGACACGGAUUCGUAAUAAUAGCGAUGGAGGCGAUGGACCAGCUGCUGGUCGCGUGCCACUCGCAGACCCUCAAUCUCUUCGUGGAAAGCUUCCUCAAAAUGGUUCAGAAAUUACUGGAGUCCACUGACCCGCAGCUGCAGAUCCUCGCCACACAGAGUUUCGUUCGGUUCGCGAACAUCGAGGAGGACACGCCGUCCUACCACCGCCGCUACGACUUCUUCGUGUCCAAGUUCAGCGCCAUGUGCCACAGCAACCACGGGGAGCCGGGCCCCCGGGACCGGAUCCGGCUGGCCGGGAUACAGGGCCUGCAGGGCGUCAUCAGGAAGACGGUGUCGGAUGACCUGGUGGAGAACAUAUGGGAGGCGCAGCACAUGGACAAGAUAGUCCCCUCCCUGCUGUACAACAUGCAGUCGGCGGAGAAGUACGAGACGGUGUCGUGCGCGGAGGGCGGCGGCGCGGGCGGCGAGGAGGGCGAGGAGGAGUCCCCGCCGCGGCUGGCGGAGGCCUGCCUGCGCGACCUGCUGGCGCGCGCCUCCUUCGGACACAUCCGCUCCGUGCUGCGGCCCGUGCUCACGCACUUCGACCGGCACGACCUGUGGAUACCGACCGACUUCGCCGUCCACGUCUUCAAAAUCAUCAUGUUCUCGAUACAGGCGCAGUACUCGUACAGCGUGGUGGAGGCGCUCAUGCAGCAGCUGGAGGCGGGGCGCGGGGGGGUGCGGGCGGCGCGCGCGGCCGUGCUCGCCGCCAUCGUCGGCAUCGCCGCCGGGGACAGCGUCGGUCCCUCCGUGCUGGAGAUCAUCAACAACAUCCUGACCAACCUGCGCGCGUCCGUGGCGCGGGGCGCCGAGAAGGAGACCGAGGAGAAGCUGUACCAGGAGGCGCUGAUCAACGCGCUGGGAGAGUUCGCGGACCAUCUGCCGGACUACCAGAAGAUCGACAUCAUGAUGUUCAUCGUCAACAAGGUGCCCGGCGCCGCCAAGCCCAGCCGCGCCGACGCCAUGCUGCAGCACAUCCUGCUCAAGUCGCUGCUCAAGGUCGGGGCUACUUACAAAACAACAGAGCUUUCGAAAGCCUUCCCCGCAGCAUUCCUGGAAGCUCUGCUCCGACUGUCCAGCGCCACGGAGCCGUCCACUAGGGUGCUGCUGCAGCGGAUCCUGCACACGCUGCUGGACAGGAGGGACAACGUGCCGCGACUGGCCGUCGUCACGCUGGACUACGACGCCGCGGGCCUCUCCGUGGAGAAGUGCUCGCGACAGGACCUGAUCUUCAUCAGCAAGCACGGAUACGCCAUAUUCAGCGCGCUGUAUGAAGGGCUGCAGCUGGAGUCCAACAGCACGGAGAACAUCGCGUGCAUCUACACCACCAUCGCGCUGCUGUGCGUCGAGCUGGCGGCCGACGACACGCUGUGCGACCUCAUGCUGCUCAUCCUGGCCAUACAGCAGUCAAGUAUAUCGAACCCCGUGCUGUCGGUGUCGCAGCAGUGCCAGCUGCAGGCCGUCAGCAUCUCCCUGGCCGCGCUGCUGCCGCACGUCGCCAAGCUGCCGCGCCUCGCAGACUACAUCCACAAGGUGGUGGAGGCUCGCCGCGAAGAGUGCGGUCACCUGCUGCCGCCCCUCCAGCACGACUACCGACUGUCUGACCCGACCCUGCUGCCGGCCAAGGUGCCCUACCUCAUGAUGGACCAGAUGGCGAUAUCGGAGUGCCUGAAGGCGAGCGGCGUGGAGUGCGGCCGGCUGCAGGGCGCCGCGCCCUACUGCGGGGGAGGGCCGCUGCAGCACCGACACAGUUGGAUCGAGACCGGCGCCGCGGCGGGGCGGGACAGCCUGGCGGACAUCGCGGCCGGCACGGAGCCCGACAGCGCCGCCAGCUCGCCCACACUCGCAAGGCAGGCGCCGGCGGAGUGCGCGGGGGUGAGCCUGGAGGCGCUGCGGCGCGCGGCGGAGGGCGGGUCGGGGGCGGAGCGCCGGGACGCGGCGCAGCGCCGCCGGGCACUCAACCUCGCCUUCCGCACCGCGCCCUUCCACCACCUCAUGCAGGUCACGCAGCCCAAGUACGAGAUCCAAGAGAAGCUGGAGGAGAUCUUCCGCUCGGUGUCGGAGGAGCCGCUGCUGGCGCCCUCCCUCAAGUCGGGUCCGCCGCUGCCGGACCUCUGCCUCUACUGAGGAGUCGCGCGCCGCCGGCUGCCGCUGCUGUACUGUAGUUGCCUUGUUACGUGAUGGUUGUACUUGUUAUUUAAUGUAUUAAUGUAAUCGAAUAAUCUUGACUUUCCUAAGAAAUAUUGUAAAAAGAAAAUAAAAAUGACCUAUAAAUUAGUAAUUACGUAGUUGUCGACGGACCCCCGCCGGCCCUUCGCCGGAGCACCCCUCCCCUGCCCCCUGCCCCCACCCCCGCCCCGUAAUAACAGAAUACAAAUAAUAAUUAUAUAAUAAUUUAUAAUGAAUCCAACUCUUAGAAUCUCUAAUAUGUUUUAAUGUAAUUAAGAACGAUUUAACUGUUAACUCCCCGCAUUCAAUUAUUGACGUCUUUGUAUGUGCAGUCGUAUUCUGGUUUAAAAUUUGUCGGAUCCAUCUCCCCUUGUAGUGUUGAGUGUCACUUGAUAUUUAUUUUACUUUGAUUUACGUUUUUAUAUAAUCAAUUAAACAUUCAAACAUGACUUGUAAUAAAAAAAAUAGUGUACUGUUAUUAUUAUUCUAAUUAUUGACUGAAGGAACAUUCCAGUGUUGUGCAUGGUCGGCGCGGACCACUUCCAAUGAUCAAGUGUCGCUCUUGUUAUAUAUCCACGCGUCAAGACACUGGGGGGAGGCGUCCUGAUACGUGUGGACACACCCUUGUUGACCCCCCUCGUGUGGACGUUACUUAAGUAAAUGUAAAUUGAACGCGGGAAGGUCGGCGUGCGGUCCGCGGUUAAUGGUGAUUGUUCUUUUGCUUCGGUUGUGUAUUCAAUAAAUGAAACUGAACUAA